AUGGCACCCACCCAUCUGGUCAAGGAUCCUGUUUUGGCGCUUAUAGCAAUCAGAGAAGAUGGCAUGCCGGGAGGCAGGAAUAAAAGCAUCGGUCCUGUACAGAUUUCCGAUGAGGAGAUCGAGCGGAUUAUGUCUGGACAGGAGUUUAAGGAUGAUGCCAACAUUCCAGAACACACUUGGGGAAACAACGGCGACAGUGACCACAGUUCCCCUGGCAACGGCGUCUCCGAUGGGAAUCAGCCAUCGCCUGUAACCACACUUUCAUCCAAUCACUCUGUGGAGCUGAAUGGCUACACCGCUGCUUUGAGGGAACAGUACAUUGGAAAUGCAAUGGCCCAGCACUACCAGUUCCUGCCUCACCUGUUUGGAUACGCCACCCAGCCGCGGAGUCUGUACCCCCAGAGUCAUACCCUCAUUAGCCAGCUGGUGGCAGCAGAGGAACUGGCCCCACUGGGCACACCCAUGCUCAUUGAGGAUGGGUAUCGGGUCACUCAGGUGGAGCUGUUUGCGCUAUUGUGUCGGCUGGCGGAUGAACUUCUCUUCAGACAGAUCUCCUGGAUCAAGAAGCUUCCUUUCUUCUGUGAGCUGUCCAUCGAGGACUACACGCGGCUCCUGAGCGCCACCUGGCAGGAGCUCAUCCUGCUGGCCUGCCUGACGGUCUACAGCGCCCAGGUGCUGGGUGACCUCGCCAACGUCACCGACAAAUACACCCCAUCAGACGACGAGCUGCAGAGGUACUCUCAGGCAUCUCUGUACGGAGGUGGAGACCACUGUGUGUGUAUGUGGGAGAAAGGCAGAGUAAAGCAGACGUAUUAUCUUAAUCAGUACAACAAUCUAAGUGAAAGGAUGAAUUAA